CCUUGUAAAACAAAGCCAGGGAAAAUGCCUGCCCGUGCAGUUCGGAGCGUGCAGCCCGUCUCUGAAUAAGAAGUGAGUACAAUGGCGUGUUUGUAAAAAAAAAAAAAAAAAAAAAAAAGCUUCAAGUCCGUCUUUUUCAAAAAAACAUUUUGAAUGCUGCAUGCCUCAUGCUUUCCAGCGCCUCGCGGGAGGGACUCGGCUAUAGAGCAGGAGUGGCGGCACCUGACUUGCUGGAUCCUAAAUCUGCCACUCAAAACUCCAAACCAAGGCUCUCGUUUUCCACAAAACCUACAGUACUUGCUUCCCGGGUGGAGAGUGACACGACCAUUAAUGUUAUGAAAUGGAAGACAGUCUCCACGAUUUUCCUGGUGGUUGUCCUCUAUCUAAUCAUUGGAGCCACUGUGUUCAAAGCAUUGGAACAGCCUCAUGAAAUUUCACAGAGGACCACCAUUGUGAUCCAGAAGCAAACAUUCAUAUCCGAACACUCGUGUGUCAACUCAACAGAACUGGACGAACUCAUCCAGCAAAUAGUGGCAGCAAUAAAUGCAGGGAUUAUACCUUUAGGAAACACCUCCAAUCAAAUCAGUCACUGGGAUUUGGGAAGUUCCUUCUUCUUUGCUGGCACAGUUAUUACAACCAUAGGCUUUGGAAAUAUCUCACCACGCACAGAAGGGGGAAAAAUAUUCUGCAUCAUCUAUGCCUUACUGGGAAUUCCCCUCUUUGGUUUUUUGUUGGCUGGAGUCGGCGAUCAACUGGGGACCAUAUUUGGAAAAGGAAUUGCAAAAGUAGAAGACACAUUUAUUAAGUGGAAUGUUAGUCAGACCAAGAUUCGCAUCAUCUCAACAAUUAUAUUUAUACUGUUUGGCUGCGUACUCUUUGUUGCUCUGCCCGCGAUCAUAUUCAAGCACAUAGAAGGCUGGAGUGCCCUGGAUGCCAUUUAUUUUGUGGUCAUUACUUUAACAACCAUUGGAUUUGGUGACUACGUUGCAGGUGGAUCAGAUAUUGAAUAUAUAGACCUAUAUAAGCCCGUGGUGUGGUUUUGGAUCCUUGUGGGGCUUGCCUACUUUGCUGCUGUUUUGAGCAUGAUUGGAGACUGGCUCCGAGUGAUAUCAAAAAAGACAAAGGAAGAGGUGGGAGAGUUCAGAGCGCAUGCUGCUGAGUGGACAGCGAACGUCACAGCUGAAUUCAAAGAAACCCGGAGGCGGUUGAGUGUGGAGAUUUAUGACAAAUUCCAGCGUGCCACCUCCAUUAAACGGAAACUGUCAGCAGAACUAGCCGGAAACCACAAUCAGGAGCUGACUCCUUGUAGGAGGACCUUGUCAGUGAACCACCUGACGAGCGAGAGGGAUGUCUUGCCUCCCUUGCUGAAGACUGAAAGUAUUUAUCUGAAUGGUUUGACACCACACUGUGCUGGCGAAGAGAUUGCUGUUAUUGAGAACAUUAAAUAGCUCUGUGUUUGCAGGACUGUAGGCCUAUAGCCAUAGGUGAGGACAUCUGUAUACAUCUGUAUGCUCUUAAUGACUGUUGCUGGUAGCAUUUUUUAAAUUGUGCAUGAGCUCAAAGGGGGGAACACAAAUAGAUAAACACAUCAUGGUCAUCUACCAUCAACAGAAUUUGGAAUUCUGAGCCAGCACUGUCUUUUCAAUGAUGCUUGUUGAAUGGCCCACUGUCUAGGACAAGUGGAAAACAAGCAAUGUCUGAUGCCUUUUCGUGCCCAGACUGUUUUCCUCCCUCUUUUCUUAAUGUGCCAUAAGGCCUCAGAAUGAAUUAUAGUCGUUUUUUUUUUUGUUAAUAAUGUAGCUUUGAGGGAUAAGUCCUUAAUUUUUCAGGGUCUACCUAACUGAGCCUAGAUAUGGACCAUUUAUGGAUGACAACAUUUCUUUUUGUAAAUGGCAAGAAAUUCUUAUGCAGCCUUUUACCUAAGAAAUUUCUGUCAGUGCCUUAUCUUCUGAAGAAACAGAACUUCUCUAGCUAAUGUGUGGUUUCUCCUUCCCCACCCCCACCCUUAGGCUCACCUCUCUAGUCCUAUACCCAGUGCUCCUGUUUCACCACCAUACUUGGUUGGAAACAGUGUGCAAAGUAACUGAAGUAAAGACACCCAACGAAUGAAUAGAUGCCUAGUUAGAUGGACAUUGA